AUGAGUGGAAGAGCUGCGUAUACCUUACCAAGGAUUAAAGCUGUUAUUGGUCAUGUUCCUCAAAAGUUAAAAACAGGAGGGAUUGAGCCAAGCCAACGAGCUAGACUAGAGGUUCUUAGAAAAAUAGUUAAUCGAGUGGUGCGAGAAGAAAGAGCAGAGUUCCCAUGGAAUAGGGCUGUUGAAGCAAGACCUUACUUGGAAAGGUUAAUACAAUUGGGAGUUGAGAGAGGGCAGCACGAUGAAUACACAGUAGAAAUGAUGGAAUGGUGGCUACCAGAAAAAGAUUUAAUAACAAAAAUGAAUGAAGUCAUCGUGCCUCGUUUCGUCGAUAAGGAGGGUCCUUUCACAUCCAUUUAUCGUUUGCCAACGCAAAGGUUGCAGCAGUUCAUUCAGAAUAAACGAGAAUACUGGAAGAGAUACGAUAUUGCUGUUUUAGAGAUUGACGGCCAUCCAUAUCCUUCUGUGGAUUGUUUCGAGCAGAAAGUCAAUUCGGAAAGUCUCUUGAAUGUCCUAUUAAGAGAAAGUCUCAAGAAUAAACUACGUUCUUUACAAAAGGUUUGA